CCUCCAUGGUACUUCCCCGCCCACGGGGGGAGUGAGGCGGAGGACACAGAGCUCAGAGUUUCACAGGAGGCAGAAAAUACUUUGAUUUUCGUCUCGUUUUCUCGUAAAAAAACGCAGUCAUGGUCACAUCAAAACUUCCUAUCGCUCUGUUUUUAAAACGGAAAUGUUUUCCAUCGAGUCGGGCAGCCUCGUUUUAACUUUACUAUGGAUACGUUACGGUGAAAAGAGGAGUUGAAAACUUUUCCAUUCUCCGAUCUCCGGAGAGCAGCACAAUGGACUCGAGACAGAGGAAGCGCCCCGGAGGAGGGAGGCUGUGGAGGCUCUGCUUCUAUCUGGCUUGCCUCUCCUCUGCGUCAGCUCAGCUCAGCUACUCUGUAUCGGAAGAACUGAGCCCAGGUUCUGUUGUCGGGAAUAUUGCAAAGGAUUUGGGUCUCACUGCUCAGCGGUUGGUUCAGAGGAGGUUGCGGGUGGUCUCCGAACCCUCAACGCAGUAUUUUGAGGUAAAGCAAGCAACCGGCGAGUUAGUUAUUAAAGAAAAAAUUGACAGGGAGCAACUGUGCGAAUUAAAUUCAGCGUGUUCACUACACCUUCAAAUAGUUUUGGAGGAUCCUUUGGACAGUCAACGUAUUGUAGUGGACAUUCUGGAUGUGAAUGAUAACGCACCGCAGUUUUCAACAAGCAACAUUUCUUUGGAGAUAUCAGAGGCUGCUGCGCCGGGUACAAGGUUCCGUCUGGAGAGCGCACACGACCCAGAUGUUGGGACUAACUCGUUACGCACUUACCAUCUCGCAGCAAAUGACUUUUUUACUUUGAAUGUGGAAGCUAAAAGUGAUGGAAGCAAGUUUCCAGAACUAUUAGUGGAUAAAUCUUUGGACAGGGAGACGCAGGCCUCGUUUCGCCUGUUGCUCACCGCUGUUGAUGGCGGUCAGCCUGAGAAGUCUGGCUCAACACUUCUGCUCAUUAAAAUUCUGGAUGUAAAUGACAAUGCGCCUGUCUUUGAUGAACCGGUGAUGAAUGUACGGCUUUCAGAAAAUGUUGCACGGGGCACUUUAGUAACGAAAUUAAACGCGUCUGACGCGGACGCGGGUAACAAUGGCGAAAUAUCUUUCUUGUUUAGUAAAUACACGCCGGAACGCGUCCUCAGCCUUUUCAGUGUGGAUUCUAAAAGCGGGGAGAUUCGUGUGAAGGGGGAUGUGGAUUAUGAGAAGGCCGCAAGUUACCACAUCACAGUGCAGGCCAGAGAUGGUGGCUCUCCAGCUAUGGAGGGCUCCUGCAACGUCAUAGUGGACAUCAUUGAUGCAAAUGACAACGCUCCUGAGGUGACACUGACGUCACUGACAAGUCCCAUCAGGGAGGACUCAGCUCCAGAGACUGUAAUAGCCCUCAUCAGUGCCCGGGACCUAGACUCUGGGGUGAAUGGGGAGGUUAAACUAUCGGUCCAACCAGGUUUGCCAUUCAAAUUAAACUCAGCUUUUGGCAUGCAUUACAGCCUCACCACUGCUGGAAACCUGGACCGUGAGACUGUCCCUGAGUAUACAGUGGUUAUCAAGGCCACUGAUGCUGGAUCCCCUCCCCUUUCAUCACAAACAACUUUUGUAGUGAAACUCUCUGAUGUAAAUGACAAUGCCCCCAUUUUCUCACAGCCUUCAUACUCUGUGGAUGUCCCUGAAAACAAUGCUCCCAGUGCCCCCAUUGCUGCUGUUUCAGCCACUGAUCCAGACCUAGGUGACAAUGCUCGUAUCUCCUACUCCGUCCUCCCCAGCAUGGUGCAGGGCUCUCCCAUCUCAUCCUAUGUCUACAUAAAUCCAGAGAGCGGCCAAAUCUUCAGCAUGCGCUCUCUGGAUCAUGAACAGCUUAAGGCAUUCCGUAUUGAGGUGCAGGCCAGGGACGCUGGGGUGCCCCCUCGGACAACAAAUGUCACUGUGCAUGUGUUUGUGGUGGAUGUGAAUGACAAUGCACCAGCGCUUGUACACCCCUCAUACCCAAAAGACAAAAGAUUGGAGAUCUCUGUGCCCCCAUCCGCCCGCCCAGGGUACCUCAUAAUUAAACUUGUAGUGGUGGAUGCAGACAGCGGGCACAAUGCAUGGCUGUUUUACUCCAUUGCCCCUGGACCAAAUGCUGGCAUGUUCCGUAUUGAACCUCAUAGUGGUGAUGUCCGCAUAGCACGCCAGUUGGCCGAGGAGGAGGUGGGCUCAACAUAUGAUAUCAUGGUUAUUAUUCAGGACAAUGGCGACCCACCUAAGUCCACUUCUGUGAACAUUACAGUAACAGUGGAUGAGAAGGGCUUGACCAUUGAUGCUCCUGCUCGCCCUCGCCACACACCCUUCUACCACCGCACAGGGAUGUCGGAUAUUACCCUGUACCUCAUCAUCUCUCUAGCUUGUGUAUCAGCGGUGUCCUUCAUCACUUUUGUUGUUCUCAUGGUACGCUGCCUCAGGCACCGUGAGCCAGGGCUGGGAGACUCUGACUGCUGCUGCUAUGGACGCCACAGGUCCAGCCGCUACCAUCAGAGACCCAGCAAAGAUCUGCACCUGCAGCUCAAUACUGAUGGACCAAUUCGCUACAUGGAGGUAGUGGGAGGCACUCAGGAGCCCCACACACGCACCUACAGGCCCUGCUACUCCACCCUAUCCAGCCGGAGUGACUUUGUAUUUAUGAAGACACCCAUGCUGAGUCACAACAACACACUCAACAUGACACUCAGCAGGAAGCACCUUAUGAACUCAAUCAGUGAGCAAAAGCCCCCAAACAAUGACUGGCGCUUCACCCAAGGACAGAGACCCGGACCUAGCGGUCCCCACAUGCCAUACGGUACACACAUACGAUGGACGCCGAAGAAUGGGACAAGGGCUGCCGGAGGACCUGAGGUUGCCAUGGGAACUGGCCCUUGGCCCCAGCCCCCAACUGAGGCUGAACAGCUCCAGGCCCUGAUGGCAGCAGCCAACGAAGUGAGUGAGGCUACAGGCACCCUGGGGCCCGGCACCAUGGGCUUGAGCACCCGCUACAGCCCCCAGUUCACCCUGCAGCACGUGCCUGACUACCGUCAAAACGUCUACAUCCCCGGAAGCACGGCCACCCUCACCUCCAACCCCCAGCAGCAGCAGGCCACCGCCCAGCAGGCCGCCCAACAGGCACUACCCCCACCCCAGGUCUCGGCCCAACCCGAGCCCCCAAAGGCCGCCCAGACCCCCGCCUCCAAGAAGAAGUCCACCAAGAAGGAGAAGAAGUAAAGCUGGACAGAGAGAGGUGGAGGAAUGACAAACCCGGCCUGACCUGAUGAGAAAUUCAACCCCCCAUACCCCCCCAUUAAGUAUCUCUCUGCUCUGCUGUCACUCAUGCUAGCCACGGUCUAAAUUACGACAGCAAACCACUUUGACCACAUGGACGAUGUUGAUGUGUCUUUGAAAGAGUAUCCUAAGGAAUCUGAAAGUGCUGAAGGCUGUACCUGGUGUUGAUAACCGUGCUGUGCUAAAGGUCGUGUAUUGCUCAAGUAGCCUUUGUAGAUUGUUUUGGCAGGGUAUGGGGGGUUUUAAUGAUUCUUUUUUGUUUGUUUGUUUUUGGGAAAAUCAAAUGGACUUGGACUAAGAGAUUCAGUGUAAGGAACCUUGCUGGGAUGCCAAGGCUAUACGCAGUGAUGUAUUCAGAGAUGAAAUGUUAAUGUCUUUCAUGUUGGAUUUAUUGUGCUCUUUCCCUGAGGAGGAAAGUCCGCUAUUGUAAAGUACGCUAGUCGCCAUUCAUUAGAUUCUUAUAUAGGGUCAGCCUUGCAGGGUCUUAAAGCAUAAGUCCUGUGCAUAUAAGGCUGCUGGUAAACAGGUAUAAAAGCUCUUCUGCAUGCUCUUUAAGGUUCAAAACACAUAUACUAGUUUAGAGUUGCAAACUAUGCAUUGCAAAAGCAAAGAGGAGGAAAUCUUGAAUCUGUUAUCCUCCCUCCAAUCGCAGGUCAACAAAAUGCACAUGUAGCAUUUACUUGACGCAAAAUGAAAUUUACUUUUGUAAUCAUAGUUUUAAAAAAAAGUUGACUCUCCUGAUAAUUGAAUGACCUGAGCAUGCACCCAGAGGGGGUGGCUGGCAGAGGGUGGGGUGUCAUGGCUUGUUGUCAAGGAGUCUCGAGCUGUGCUGUCCAUGCAGGUGGGAAAGCAGCAGGGACCAGCUUUUUGUAAAAACAAUCUCCAGAUGGGCACAAACACGUCCUGCUGCCCUGCAUCCUCCACCCUCCCCCCUCCUCUCACCAAGCUUGUGUCCUUCCUGCACUCACUACCCAAAUGAGAGCCUAACAAAGAGAAAUGCACUGUCCAUAUGCUGAGGAUUAGAUAGUAGGGGUAGUAAUCACUUGGGUCUUAGAUGUGAUAAACUUAAGUGUUUGAGGAGUUUCUAGACACCAGAGUAUUCCCCCUCACUGUCCUGAAGUGCUGAAGAAACUCCUUGAUGUGACACAGUUACAUGUUUUUUGUUCUUUGGGAGAUAAAGAGUUGAUAGCAUAGGGGAGUUGUUUGUUUAAGAUAUGAAGUCUUUACUUUGCCGUCCAUCUGUCCGUAAGGCCUUUGGCCAGAAACAACUGCAUGAGAAAAGGCAGCUUGCAGGCUGGGUCAGUGGGUUGAAAGGAGUAUGGUGAGUGGUAAACAAACUGAGGUUAUGUCCACUAGAGGGGUGGGAAACAACCCUGGCUCUACCCACUGAAUGUACAGAGGAACCACUGUUGACCCGCCCAUCCCUUCACCUUUCUCUAAUGCACUGACCCAGGUAGAGGGCGACACAGCUGUCCCUGCUGGUGAGGACAAACCACUCGAGAGCCCUCUGAAACAUCCCUCCUCCAUGUAAACCAAUGGGAAACCUCAGCCUGUCUACCACUCACCUCCCCCCUCACCCCCUGUUCCUGCGAGGCUCUCCCCCACUGUAAAUAAACACAAGUCCUGUCAAUGGUAUGAGCCAGUUUGUACAGUAGGGACCAUGUCCAACAUUUUCAAAAUAAGAGUCCCUCUUCACAAGGCGCUGCCUACUACUGGAAUGUGUUGCAUUUUGUUUUUCAAGAAAAUUAAGAAAACCACAGUUGAAAAAAAUCAAUAAUGAAUAAAACCUGAGAUGUUCUUCAACAGUUUGUGUUGCAAUGUAGUAACUAAGCACCAUGGAAGCCAACUAACUCUUCAGUGUAAAUAAAGAAUUAAAGAUAACUUUAGAUAAGUAAACAAAGUGACACACGUAGACUAGUUAACUUGUGAUAUGUGUUGCGCAUAUUUUUGUGUUCAUUUUCUCUCUACUAUCUUUUAUCACCCUCUAAAGAAAGAAAACAAAAAAAAUAUGGAAAUGUUUCUAUCCUUCUGUAACCUCCUGAUGUUCUUUUGCGGUGAUUUUCUCUUGUGCAUUUGUGAAAGAAUGCCUCUCAUUCUCUUUCUGUCCAUAUGAACAAAUGAUUAUAAAUAUAUAUGUGUAAGUCCGUCCGCUGCUGAAUUAAUACUACUCUAUUCUGCUGUAUUAUCUUUCUUAUCAAAUGCUUAGCCCCCACGCUUUACCCCUGUGUUACUCUUAUUUUUAUGCUAAUAUUUAUAUUGCUGUUUUAUUUUCUCUUGAACACUGACAUUUCAAAUAAAAAGAAAUCAUAUAAAAACA